AUGAUUAGUUUGAUAGUGACUAUAUAGUAGAUACUAGAUAAUAUUGAUACAUUUUCAUACUUGACAUGAUUGUAUUCAUAUUUGCAGGCUUGCUGUGUGGAAUAUAUAAUAUUGGAGAGUGAUAAUUUGUCUUCAUUAUAUCCAAAUGCUGCCUUAAGUAUUGGAGGGUUUCAGUUAGAUGCCCGCCAUCUAUUUGCAUUGCUAACCACUCUCGCGGUUCUCCCCACCGUUUGGCUCAGAGAUCUCAGUGUACUGAGUUAUAUCUCAGCUGGAGGGGUGAUUGCAUCGGUGCUAGUGGUUUUGUGUUUGUUUUGGAUUGGUUUGGUAGAUGAAGUUGGAAUUCACAGCAAAGGAACUACACUAAACUUGUCAACUUUACCUGUAGCUAUAGGACUAUAUGGUUACUGCUACUCAGGACAUGCUGUUUUUCCCAACAUUUAUACUUCUAUGGCCAAACCAUCUCAAUACCCUGCUGUUCUCUUGACAUGUUUUGGUAUUUGUACUCUGAUGUAUGCCGGCGUCGCUGUUAUGGGUUAUACGAUGUUUGGAGAAUCAACACAAUCACAGUUUACUCUCAACUUGCCUCAAGAUUUGGUUGCUACUAAGAUUGCCGUGUGGACUACGGUGGUCAAUCCAUUUACCAAAUAUGCUUUGACCAUUUCUCCAGUAGCAAUGAGUCUUGAGGAGUUGAUACCAUCAAGGCAUAUAAGGUCACAUUGGUACGCCAUCGGCAUUAGAACCGCAUUGGUCUUCUCUACGCUGCUUGUUGGUCUUGCAAUUCCCUUCUUUGGUCUUGUCAUGUCAUUGAUUGGAUCGUUGUUGACUAUGCUCGUCACUCUAAUACUUCCUCCAGCGUGUUUCUUGAGCAUCGUACGGAGAAAAGUUACCCCGACCCAGAUGAUGUUGUGUGUAUUAAUCAUCAUAGUAGGAGCAAUAUCUUCAGUCAUUGGCUCAUAUUCAGCUCUCUCCAAGAUCGUUGAGAAAUUGAGCAGCUGAAAAUAUUUCUCUGUUUUUUCUUACAAACUCUUAUACCCAUUUUGUCUUCAGGGGAAUACCUUUUUUUUUUUUUUCUUUUUUUCUUUUUCUGUUUUGUCUUAUGUUUUCGUAUAGCAAUUCAUUCUUGCAUUCAAAGCUUUUGUAAUAUCCUGAGUGAUGAUCUGCAUCUUAAAACUGGUUUGAAAGUUGAUUAAUAAAAGAUCGGUCAUAAACUGAUU